ACUGUAAAAGUUGACUUUGACCACGGCAUAGUCCAAGCAGAAAUGGAGUCGACGAAGAUCGUUUUCCUUGCCCUGGUAUUUAUUACGCUGAAAAUGCCUACAGCUGCCUCUGCAACAAAUUCAUCUACACCAAGGUUUAGGAUAAGCCAUGCGACAUUCUUGAUCAAGCUUAUCAUUAUUCCUGCGAUACACAACGCCACGAUUCAGAUGAAGUUGCUAUACCCUUUCCUUACUUCGUCGGACUAUUUUUACGAGCCGCUCAUUACUUUUGGUCUCGAUCUUGGGAAAGACUGCACCAAAGAGAAGGAGGUGGAAAAGAAGCUGAGCGCGCUGCACUCACAGGUAGCUGUUUUCCAGCGCCCUUUGAACUUCGUCGUGAUGUACGAAAGUUCUCAAGGACGUAAUCACACUAGCUUGGCAUCAGUUCUGAGGACGACGAGUUUAAUGGUGAAUGCCACAGUAUCUUUUAUCAGACGUCAGAUGAGACAAAAGGGAAUCUUGCCACCAGAAUACCCUGUAAUAUCUGAAGCUGAAGUCAAUAACAUGACAGAUUCUUACCUGAAAAACUUAAUUCAAAGGAAUCUCGUGACAUUGACGGUAACAGAUGAUGUCGUGAAAAGGUUGCGGAACUUCAUAAUCUUAUACACGCUCCACGACGUCUCGAAACAGGUUUCGCCCUGUACUUACUGCAUGACUUCAAAGAAAAAGUAAAGUCAAGAAAACUUCCUAAAAUUAAUAUAGACGCUUUAAUUUCUAUCGGAAUAUAGUAUGCUGAAUGUGCUAGGUAUAUCAGACCUCACAGCUUACCGCGGUUAGUUCACCCCUUGAGAUGUAAGGUAGCAAAGUUGAUCAAG